UUUAAUAAAUGUUACUAACAUUAGUCCAAUCCCGUGAUCGCCUGGGGUGACGUCACUGUCCGUACCCUCUGGGUUUCGUCAUCUCUCCUGACCACAGAGGAGGUCUGUUCCUGCUCCUGAUCGUCAAAACACCACAGGCUGUCCAGCAUCAUGAGUCAGCGGACUGAGCGGCGGGGGGGAAUACACGUGGACCAAUCAGACCUGCUGUGCAAAAAGGGAUGCGGUUACUAUGGCAACGCAGCAUGGCAGGGCCUGUGCUCCAAGUGCUGGAGGGAGGAGUACCAGCGGGUGCGGCAGAAACAGAUCCAGGACGACUGGGCCUUGGCAGAGAAGUUGCAGCGAGAGGAGGAGGCGGCAUAUGCCAGUAGUCACGGAGCACAGACACAGUCCCACACCCAGUCCACAGCACCACAACCACACCCGGGACACGCCUCUCUGGGACCCUUCUCCAAGUUUGAGGAGAAGAAGACCAAUGAGAAGACACGCAAAGUGACCACCGUUAAAAAAUUCUUCAGCCCUUCGUCACGAACUGCUCCC